GGGUCUGACAGUGGGACGGCGGAAGUGUGGCUUUAGCCUAGCGCGAAUUUUCUUCUAUUUUCUUCAGAGAUCUCAAGUUUGACUAUUGAUUGACAGCCUCCUCAUUUUAGUUCACAGUGAGUGGAAGAGCCAAAUAAAGCAAAUAUACAUUUCACGCAGAGCAGAGGGUCAACCGCCGUGUCAGAUAUUUGAAGGCAAGAAAUGGCGCAUGACGGAGAUCUAAUGGACGGUGAUCUGGAAGAUGGAGAGAUCUCCGGGUCUAACUCGGAUACUGAAAUGGGAACCGCCGCCGCAGCACCAGCUCGACCCCAGGUUCCUCCAGCGUUUAGCGGCCAGUCCUUCCAGAACAGAGCCGCUGCCCAGCAUCCAGCCGCCGCCUACCGCAGCACCAGUAGGACGGUGGAGUCCAGCGACAGUGACCUGGACUCUUCGGACGAGGAGGCGGCUGUUUGGCGCCGGAAACGCCAGAAAGUAUCCAGUGCUCCCCAGCCGCCUGCCUGUACCGCCCGGCCAGAGCCGACCCGCAUGCCCGUCCCCGGCGCCCUGGGAGGCCGCAAAGUGAACAACAUUUGGGGCUCUGUGGUCCAGGAGCAGUGUCAGGAUGCCGUAGCUGCAGAGCUGGGCAUAUUUGGUAUGGAAGGUGAAGUUAGCAUGUCCAGCAGAAAUGUGGAGACUUAUAACUUUGUCCUGGCCCGUAAGAUGAUGGAGAAGGAGAGGGAGAUGGAGAAAGAGUCGAAUGAAGGAGAGGAGAACAUGCUGGACGCCCAGCUGGAGGAGUACAUGAGGGAGAGGGGAGGAGGUGAUGCAAAGAGGAAGAGGCCAGCUAAAGAGAGACUAGGCCCCAGGGCUGAGAUGGACAUCAAGGGUCGGUAUGAGAUCACAGAGGACGACCCUGAGGAUAAGGUGACGGAUGAAAUCGCACACAGGCUGCAAGAGCCUAAAAAAGACCUGAUAGAGCGCGUUGUUAAUGUCAUUGGUAAGAAAAAAGCCAUAGAGCUGCUCGGAGAGACUGCAACACUGGAGGAAAGUGGUGGUGUGUACACCAUGGACGGCAGCAGGCGACGGACACCUGGUGGGGUGUAUCUCAACCUGCUGAAGAACACACCCAGCAUCAGUAAGUCCCAGAUCAAGAAGAUAUUCAUUGAGGAACAUCAGAAGGAGUGCAAGAAUAAGAAGGCUGCCCAGAAGAGGAGGCGGCACAUGGUGGCCAAGAAGAUGAAGCAGGCCAUCGGCACGCUGAACCUGCAGGAGCACGAUGAUGUCUCCAGAGAGACUUUCGCCAGUGAUACCAAUGAGGCCUUGGAGUCAUUGGAGGAGGCUGCAGAACAGGAAGAGGAGGGUCAGGAGGAAGCUGCUGUGGGCACUGAGGAGACACCAGUGGUCUACAACGCUGUAGACCUGGAGGUCUUCUAAUGGUUGUCUGAACUCUGGGAGGUUUAAACAGGGACAUUUAAGAUUAAAGUCAAACGCAACACUGAAAGCACUGUACAAGCACUGUCUCUGCUGAGUACAGAAUCUCACCUGAGUGUCCUUUUUUUUUUUUUUUACCUUAGUAAUAAAAGGAGAGAUUUUGUUAACAGAAAUAUGGGUUUUGUUUGGUACAGCGUGGAUUUGUAAACACAAUUAAACCUUCUGCAAGUUAGUGUGAUUUGUGAUAAAAAUGUUGUUUUCCUUUAAAUCAAAUUCUUGAUGAUCAAAAACUCACCUAAGUUGUUGAGGCGUAUUGGAGUAAGUGAAGCACUCUUGUUGAUUUUGAAAUAUAGUAACUUUCUUUGUUGUAAUUUCCAUCUGGAAAUAAUGAGGUCUUGAUAUAUUAAAUUAAUUUCUGUGAUUGUGGAAUAUAAAUAAAGGUGACUCGGGUAAAAUUACUUCAAACAGGAA